GGUGCACUGACUGCUCGAGCGUUCAGACCUCUAGCUCCAGUUGCCCGUCCUUGCUUUGAGUGAUUUCAACGAUAUGUUUGUGUUCACGAACCUCUUAUUCACUAUCACAUCUCUGGCAUUGUUGGCACUCUCACUGCCACUGAAUUUGAGGGAUGUGGUAGAUCCGCCCAUCACUAGUCCAACGGCGGGCACUGUAUGGCAUGUCGGAGAGAAGCAGCUGGUAACUUGGAGCACUAACGGUUUAUCUUCUAACAUCACCAAUCCGGUUGGGAUGCUUGUUCUCGGAUACAUGUACAACAACAGCGAGAACUUAAUGUUGAAUUCACCACUGGCAACGAACAUCAAUUAUACGGUCGGUCAAGUUCUCAUCACCGUUCCCGAUGUGGAGACAGGAGAAGAUUAUAUCGUUGUUUGUAAGUUGUGGGUGUCUGCGCGAGGUAGCUCUAAUAAUUUUGUUCAAGUGUUUGGGGACUCUGGCAAUGCCAGUCCAGAGUUCACCAUCAUCAACGACAGCUCAUCUUCGUCUGCUCCUGCGUCGUCCACAUCUUCUUCAGUUCAGUCGGCCACUCCUACGAGCAGCGCAUCCCCUACAGCUCAAGCUCCGUCGGAAACCCCGACAUCAACUCCGCUUAAUUUGACUCCCACAACAACUUCUGGCAUAACACUUGCGGCCGGGGCAUCUACGCCUGCUUUAAGUUCUGGUACAACCUCAGUUGUCACGUCUACUGCGACAUCAACACAAACUACAAACACGGGUGCUGCAUGGAGGAACCGUGCGUCAGGCGCGUCAAUUAUACUCGCCUUGGUAUCGCUGUUCUACAUCCUAUAGGCGCCAUGAGCUUCGAUUGAUAUCCAACGCAUUUCUAAGAAUCAGAUGAUUGCGACUCAGUGUUCAUGAACUCUUGCUUACUCAUUUUUCCAUUGUACGAUUUUGAUGACGAAGGUGGAUUUACGACACAUACUUGACUGGCAUUCAAUCACUCUAUUCCAACUCUACUCUAGCAUCCUCACAAUAUCAGUGCUAUUAUUGGAACACUUUACAUGAUUUACAUGAAUGUAGCAAACUUUGGUUAUUGGAAUAGUGCUCGAGACAUGUGCAUCGCUGGAUGAUUUGUGCACUCUCAGUCAUGUCGUCGAAGG